UUGCCGGAUGCUCCAUUGAGAUAUGGUGGGAAUUUGAUUGCGCCUUGUUUGUUUUUUCUUCUGUCCACGGCUGGCAGGAGAAAUCUUUUGUUUCACGCGGUAUUCCGCAUGUCGUCUCGCUCCAUUAAGCCACGCGCCAAAUUACAAUCAGUGUGCAAAAUUCCAAACCCCCCAGCUUUCGCUGAUCCAGUGAUUUCUUCUUUUGGUCUUGUUGAAUCGAAUUGCUGCGGCUAUUGAACGGGGGGUGCGAGGAAUGGAAAAGUUUCGAUGACGUGUCAACUUUUGUCGAAGUUAUUAUUUUUUCCUCGCGCUCUAUCUGCUGCCCAAUUUGAACCUUUCGUAUCGUCAUUUUGGAGUUUUUAUUGCGGAACGGCGCCUUUAUCACCUCUAUUUUCACGCCGCUGAACAGAGUCGACCGGAAUUCCCGCGUCAACAUCCGCCAUCGGUUUCAAUCUAAAUAAUUAAAAAAGAAAAGUUGACGUGCGGUUUUCUGGUGACAUUUAAAUAAAAAGAAAUAUAAAAGUGAGCCCUAUUGUAAUCAGAAACGUCUAACGGGUGAACGCAAGUGCGGUAUGCGGUUCGUGUCGUGUGCUAGCUGUGCCAAUAAUAAUAAAAAAAUAUCGACUACGUUCAAGUUACAAAAGUGAGGGGGAACACGCCAUCUGAAAAAAACUAAAAACUAAAAAAAGAUGAAAAUGUUCAAAGUUUUACGAAAAACGACACAUGUGUUUCGCGUAGUUCUUCUCCUCUGGUUGUCCAUGACGGCGGGAUCGGUCCAAGUGGUCAGCCGUCAAGACGGAGACAUCAUGCUCGGAGCUCUUUUUCCCAUUCACGCAAAAGGCUCAUCGCCAGAAGGCUGUGGAUCUCUUCAGGGCGAUGAUGGAAUCCAGCCACUAGAAGCACUUCAUUACACGUUGGAUCAAAUCAACAGGGACCCGAAUCUUCUGCCCAACAUCACUCUCGGAGUGCUGGCCUUCGAUUCCUGCGACAAUAUCGUGAAUGCGCUGGACCAGUGUCUCGAUUUCAUCAAAGGCACAGUGGAAAAGAGUUUCGUGACAAGGAUACAAGAGGAAAAGCGGAUUCAGCUGGAAGCUUGUUCGGCCGGAUCAAGUGACGAUUUGCUGGCGAAACUCACCAGUCCCCAGAAGCCCGUGGUGGGAGUUAUCGGCGACCAGAGUUCCGACAUAACCAUACAAGUGACGAGUCUGUUAAGGAUUUUCAAGAUUCCGCUCAUCAGCUAUCAAUCUACUAGUCCAACUCUGUCGGACCGGGAGCGUUUCGCCUAUUUCUUCCGCACAGUGCCGAGUGAUGUGACGCAAGCCUACGCCAUUUUGGAAAUCCUGCGGAAUUUCAAUUGGACGUUUGCGUCGCUGGUCUACGAGGACUCUGAAUACGGCGUCAAGGGUUACGAGACUUUAUUGCGACUGGCUUCGAGGUACGGCGUGUGUUUCGCGGCCCAGAUCCGCGUCGACGUCAAACAUUUCAAGACGACCGAUUACGAUCAGGUACUAGGGAAGCUGCAAUCUCAGUCGCAAUCUCGCAUCGUCGUCUUGUUCAGCGGCAAAUCUUGCGCCACCCAACUGAUGGCAGCCACAAAACGAGUUGCCACUAAACACGCUAAACCCCUCAUUUGGGUCGGAUGCGACGGAUGGUCCAGUCGGGAUGUCGUCACUGCUGGUUACGAAACGAUCGUCGAAGGCGCCAUUACUGUCCAGCCUUUGGUUCGCCAUUUGGACGGCUUUGACACCUACUUCAAAUCUCUCCGUCCGGAUACCAACAUCCGGAAUCCUUGGUUCUCCGAGUAUUGGCAAGAUUUCUUCAAAUGCCGGCUCAAGUUGGAGCAAUUACCCAGGGGCAUCAUGCCCAGUCAGUACAGUGAUCCAUGUAAGCCUGGACUUCAUAUCACCGACAAGCGUCUCACUUCGGUCAAGUUCCUGCAAUUUAUUCGUGACGCAGUCUACGCCUACGCUCACGCCCUACACAACCAGUGGCAAGUUGAAUGCGAAGGUCGUCCCGGCGUCUGCGAGAAAAUGCGAAACGCCGAAGGCAGCGUUCUCAAAUACUACCUAGAGGGCGCAAGUUUCACUGACCAAAAUAAGCGAGUUUUUAAGUUCUACCACGGCGGCGACGGUCCGCCGCGCUAUUCCGUCCUCAAUUUUCAAAAGCAUGAUGACGACAGCUACAUCUGGAAGGAGAUUGGAAUCUUUUAUCUUGGAGCAGAUGAUCUUCCCAAAUUGGAAAUCGAUCGCAAAGUGUUGCAAUAUCGCCGCUAUGAAAAAUUGUACCCCAACUCGACGUGCAAGGAGCAUUGCGAUGCCAAAAAAGGCCUCGUACCCUAUCUGCAAAGCAACAACAGCUGUUGUCCAGACUGCAAGAAAUGUGAACCAUUUGAAAUGAUUCAAGGUGGACAUUGUCAACCGUGCCCAAACGGCUUCCUGCCCAACGAGAAUCGUUCGCGCUGCGUUUCGAUCGACGAGCAGAUCAUCGACUACCGAAACCCUUGGGCAGCCGGUUCCAUGGCCUUCGCUUUAUUUGGGAUUUUGUUGACCCUGGCUGUGGCUUUCAUCUUCUGGCGCCACCGACAAACUCCCGUGAUCAAGGCUUCGGGACGGGAGCUAUCAGCCAUCCUACUGUUGGCGACACUCUGCUCGUUUGCCAUGACCUUUCUGAUCGCCUCACGUCCGACCGGUUUCAAGUGCGGGGUGACUCGAUUCUCACUCGGCCUCACGCACACUGUCGCCUUCGCAGCAAUCGCAGUCAAGACUAACAGAGUUGCUCGAAUUUUCGGAACGAAAAAGACGGGCUCAACGUCGCUGACCUGCCCCCGCGCCAAAUACAUCAGCCCGCGAUCUCAACUGGCCAUCACCGGCGCUCUGACUCUGAUCGAAGUCUUCGUUAACGCUUCCUGGCUGAUUUAUCAGUCACCCAGGACCACUCACAUCUUUCCCGAUAGAUACAAGCGAGUCCUCAUCUGCGAGGGUAUGGAUCAUUACACUUACCUCGUCGGCCUUGUCUAUCCCCUGAUUCUAAUUGGUUGCUGCACUGUCUACGCCUUCCAAACUCGCAAGUGUCCCGGCGGUUUUAAUGAGGCCCGCUAUAUCGGCUUCUCUACUUACACCACUUGCGUCUUGUGGAUGGCUUUUAUUCCGCUCUUCUUGACUGCGCCCACCACAACACUGCGAAUCGUCACGCUCGCCAUGUCCAUGUCCAUCAGCGGAAUUGUCCAGUUGGCCUGUCUCUUUGCCCCCAAAGUCUACAUUGUCCUUUGCAAACCAGAGAAGAACACUCGAACGGGAGUCAUGGCCCAGCAUCGAUCCAGCAGUUCGUAUGCGCUUGCCACUCCGCCCAGCAUCGCGCUGCAUCCGCUGCACAACAACCAGGGCAGCCAGCUGACGAUCGCAAAUGGAACCGAAGUCGGCGAGUUGUUUGCCGACGGUCAUCAUCAACAACAACAGCGGAGAAAAUCGAUUCAAGCUCAACACUUACUUGGGGCUUCGUCCGAUUGUGAGGAGAACACAAUGAGGCUGACACCUCACAACAGUGAACUGCACUUGCCCGAUGACACCGUCAGCGAGUCGAGUGUUUACACCCUGAAAAUGAAGAGACCCAGCAAAGGCACCGUUCAUUUUGACUGUGAAGACAUUGACGUAAUAGAUCAGCAGCAACAAAAGCAGCAACAACUUAAAGUCGACAACGAAUGCAACAACUUUGAUUCGAAAUCGAUAGACUGAUCACUAUCCCUGUCCACCAUCAGCCACACUGGACCAAAACAAUAUUCCAAAAAGAUGUAAGCCCCAUUUUACAUAUACUAUACUAUAAAAGGAAACAUUGACUACCUCUUCCUGAUGAACGUCAACCAAUGAUUCUCAAUCGCAAAGAAAAAAGACGUGAACUGAUACAAAUCAACGAUUCCUGAUUGCAUGAGACCCUCUUUAAAUUUGAAAUUUUCCCUUUCACACGAGUGAACUUGUUUGUCAAUAGAUGGCACAAGAUUUUGUGUGAGCUUUGUAAACGCACACACAGUUGCAACCCAAACAGAAAAAAAAAAAACGAAAUGACAUUUUUUUUUGAAAAGGAUGUUGAGAAAUGAAAAACUGCGACUGGGGGACACAUCAUGUUGUCGUUUAUCUCUGGGCCGCAUGGCCCUAAAGUCUCCCUCUUUUCAUUUUUUGUUUCUCGAGUGUGUUGUUAUGAUAAAAUAUACCGUCAGUUCGUUUCA